UUCCAUUCUUUUCUUUUCGUGCCCGCUGCCUCGCCUCAUUUGCGAAAAAAAAUAAAUUCAGUGCUCUGAGUGAUCCAGUCUCAUCUCCAAUUCCCCGACUCUCAGAUUCAGAAGCAAAGCAAUCCUCUUUCCGCUUCAAAAUUUGUGGGUUCUCCCUCUUCUCUCGAACCCGGAUUGAGGUGGGUCAAAUUCUGCGGUAAACGGAAGUUGUUCUCCAUUUUCUUUCCUGGGUUUUUGGGGGGAAUAAUUUCUUUCAUGGAUCGAGAUUAAUGGCGGCACCGAGGAGUAUUGCGGUGGUCGAGAGUGGUGGGUUGACUGUGAGUAGCGGAGGCAGCAGGAUGGGAAUGAGGGACGAAGAGAAGGCGAAAGAGGACGAUUCACCUUCCAGCAAGAAAUCCAAGUUCGAGAGGUUCCCCUUUUCCAGAUGGGAAUUCGCUGCUGCCAUUUCCGUUUUCUUCGUCUUCUCUACUGGUUUGUUCUGCAUCUACUGGACCAUGCCUGCGGCUGAGUACGGCAAGCUCAAAAUCCCUCGCACUGUCUCCGAUCUCCGCUUGCUCAAAGAACAUCUUGGAACAUAUGCGAAGGAUCAUCCUGCACAGUUCAUCCUCGGCUACUGUUCGACUUACAUCUUCAUGCAGACCUUCAUGAUUCCAGGAACAAUUUUCAUGUCAUUGCUAGCUGGAGCUCUAUUUGGUGUUAUUAGGGGCCUUUUCUUGGUUGUUUUCAAUGCAACAGCCGGAGCAUCUUCUUGCUUCUUCUUGUCUAAGCUGAUUGGCCGUCCUCUCGUUAGUUGGUUGUGGCCUGAAAAGUUGAGAUUUUUUCAGGGAGAGAUAGCGAAACGUCGGGAAAAGCUACUGAAUUACAUGCUCUUCUUGAGGAUAACUCCCACAUUGCCUAACCUAUUCAUCAAUUUGGCAUCUCCUAUCGUUGACAUACCGUUUCAUAUUUUCUUUUUGGCUACUUUGAUUGGUCUCAUUCCGGCAUCCUAUAUUACUGUGAGGGCUGGGCUUGCCCUUGGGGAUCUGAAGUCGGUGAAAGAUCUAUACGAUUUCAAAACAUUAUCCAUGCUCUUCAUCAUCGGCUCCAUCAUUAUCUUUCCUACUCUCUUGAAGAGAAAACGGAUUUACGAAUAAAGCAAGAGGAAGGGCUCCGACGAAGAACAGAAACUGGUGGCAAAUAUUUAUUAGUGCACCACCAGGAAGUCUUUGGGAGGCAUCUUAAGCCAUUGAUACUUUACGGGUUGAUUACUUCUCGCCUGCUUUGAUGGCACACAGUACCAGAAAGAUAGUGCGUAGAUAUGUCUUCCACCGCUAUUAAAGUUCCGUGUUAUAUUCAUUUUUAAUGUAAUGCUCAACUGAUCAAAUCUCUCAUCUGGAUUCCUAGAUAAGCUGUUGUGAGAUUUCAGAUAGUCAUACUGCACUGACAGAAUGUUGUAUUGGGGAAACCAUGUAACAGUCCAUAGUAAAGUUUAGAAAUUAGUAGACUUUAGUUUUAAUUGGUACAAGUUUUGUUGUAUUUGCAUUUUAGUGCCCUUGUUCCUGUGAG